AUGUCCAUAAACAAGCAGCUAACGUACACACAGGCCGUGGACAGCGGCAAUGACUCAUGGGUGUCGGAUUGUGGGAUGGAGGUAAACGCCUCGCUCGAGAGGUGGGACUCCGCGUCAGUGAGAUAUCAAGUCUUGCUGGGCGUGAAGCAUGAUGUCAUUGAUCAAGAGGACCCAGCGGAGUAUUCGAAAGGAGACAUCAUGGAACCGACAGACGAGGGGGGCAAAUCCUCGCAUAUCAAGCAAGGUCACAAGGGUGCUGACGACGCUGGUGUCCUGAAUGAAAAAGUGAUGUUCGCUCGAGCGCAAGCGUCUAGUCACAAGCGAGAGCUUUGCACAACAAAUGAGGCCUGUGUGCCUGCCGGGAACAUUUCGCCUUGGACCGCUUUGAGUUCGGCGCCAUCGAAGCGACAACAACAAGUAGUGGAUUGA